AUGAUCAAGUCCUUAAAGCUUGGCGAAGGUUCUAUCUCUUCUGAUCAACGAAUGAUUGCUACUCAUGUGGCUAGUUUUUAUGAGUCAUUCCACAAAUCAGUGCCUCUCUCAUUGCAUUCCCAUCAUCUAUCUUGUAUUCCAAAGGAGGUUGACGAGGUGGAUCUCCUUGGCUUGGAGGCGAUUCCGUCCAUUGGUGAAAUAAAAUCUGCUGUUUGGGACUUAGACCCUCUUAAUUCUCCAAGUCUGGAUGGUUUCCCUGGUGAAUUCUUUACCCAAUGCAGGUCCAUUAUUGAAGCUAAUUUUUGUGACGCAGUCAGAAGUUUCUUUAUCUAUGGUCAUCUUCCAUAUGGCGUUAAUAAUAGUUUUAUAACGCAUAUUCCCAAGAUUGAUGCUGCUUUGUCCCUUGACAAAUUCCAUCCUAUUUGCAUGGGAAAUUUCUUUGUGAAGACCAUUUCCAAAAUUAUUGCUUUGCACAUCUCGCUUCUUCUCCCUCGAUUAAUCUUCGAUGAACAGGGUGCCUUUCAGAAAGGAAAAAUCAUCACCUCUAAUAUCAGCCUUGCAUCGGAACUUGCCAAUAUUAUGCAUUCUUCAGUUCGUGGCAGUGGCUUGGGUCUUAAACUGGACAUUCAAAAAGCUUAUGAUACCUUAUCCUGGCCUUUUCUCUUUGUAGUGCUCAAGCAGUUUGGUUUCUCUAACAAAUGUAUUGCCUGGGUAAAUCAGAUCUUGGCCUCUUCUAAAACUCAGUGGACCUUAAUGGUGGUUAUUUGA